AUGUCUAGUAAGUAUUGCUUCUCUGCAAAUUGUUCAGAGAGGCCUCAAUUCUUUUGCAAAUGCAAAACUCCUCCUGUUUUUAUGUGCACUCAUCACUUGCAAAAUCAUAAGAAGCUUAUAGGAAAGCAUAGAAGUACUAAAAUUUACUCAGAAGUUUAUGAUGAUUCAAAAAAGUAUCUCUUUAAAUUCAUUUCGAAGCUAAAAUUAGAACUUCAUGAUUUUAAAAACAAGAUAAUCCAUGAAGAACUAUCAUUAAUAAAACAAAUUCAAAAAGCAUCAGAAAAUGCAAUAAAACAACUGAAAGUUUUUGAUAAAAUUUUAAACGAAACUACUUAUAGAAAAGUCUCAAGCAAGGUCCGCGGGCUGCAAAUCGCCUCCCCAACGCUACACAAUUUGGCUACGGGUUUGCCUUACAGAAAAUUAGAAAAAAGAUAUUUCUGGUCAGGCUAUAAGCCAAGAUGAAACCCGAGGCCCAAGACUCAACGUCUGGUGUCUCAGUAGGGAUUCUGUCUAUUUAUCAAGUGGCAUCCUCUAGUAUUGCGGAUGCCCCAUUUUCCAACUCCAUCGAGCCAUCUCCCUGCAGGGUAAAACCUUGACUUGAUGUGGGUAUGCGGUUUGCGAGCCCGACAUCAAGCUCCAUCAAACAAGUAAUAUAUCCGUCCUAUAAACAUUUCUGAACGCUGUUCUCCGCCCAUAGAGUCUCCUACACCCUACUUGCUACAAGUACUAAGAAGCAGAUUGGUCUGCUGCUCCAUUUUAAUGUAUAUAACGAAGCUAUAUCAGAGAUUUGAAGAACGACACAAAUAAAUAAUUUAAACGAGUUAACUCUUAUUGAAUCUUUGCUAAAAUUCCCUGCAGCAGAACUUGAAAAAAGAAAUCCAUUAUCAUCGCCAAAUUUGCAAAUAAAAUCUAUUGAUCCUAAACUUAUUAUUAAUUUAUUUGAAAUAGAUCCUCCUGGGCAAAAUUUUAAUGACAAACCUAAAUCGCAUGUUAUAAAAUAUAUAUGAAAUCCUUCACAUUCUGAGCUAAAAACUUUUGACGCAAUGAAUUUAAAAUUAUAUAAAACUAAUUUACCAAAAACCAAAGAUUUCAGCCGUUUUAAAGUUAAAUGUAUGCUCCCAAGUGGAAAUUUAUUUUUAGCCUCUGAUUGGGGGGACUCAAUAAUUAUUAGUCCUCAAAAUCAUGUCCAAAAUUUGCCAAAAUAUCAGCAGAGUGCGCCAUCAUGCUCAGCUUAUUUAGAUGGAAAUAUCUAUGUAUUUGGCGGAUCAAGAACUAUUUCUGCAAAAUUUAACAUAGAUUUAAACCAAUGGAGCUCGCUUCUCAAGUUACCAAUAAACUUACUUCCCUUUUAUAAUGUUUAUACUUAUGUAGAUAAUAUAAGUUUAUGGUAACUACAAAUUAGCACUUAUACAAACAAUUAUAAAAAAAUAUCAUUUUUCACAAAGGAAGAUUUUUACUGUCUAGCCAGCACCCUAAUUUUGUAUUAAAAUAAUUAAUUUUAAGAAGAAAUAGGAAGGUGAGAUCGACCUGUAGUAGUGUUUUCCGUGCGUGAAAAAUGUAUAUUCUCUUUCAAAAAUAUUAAAAUCCCAAAAAUAAAUAUUGUUUUAGAAAAGUCAGAUAAAAUUGCAUACUGCUGCACAUGAAAUCAUUGCAUUAUACUAACUGCUCAAAAUAUGGAUGAAAUUAUGUAUUUCGAUAUUAACAUUGAUACAUAUAAUGAAAUUUCAUCGUUAAAAUUGGCUUGCAAUACCAUUAAACCAGUGUUUGUAGGGAAUAAAAAAAUAUUUUUACUUGAAUUUUCAAGAGGUAUAUAUGAAAGUGAAGAUUUGCACAAAUGAAAUAAAAUUGGAGCAUGCCCAGCUACAGGAGGAGUCUUACCAAUUAAUAGCUACGCAAUCAAAUGGAAUAAAAAGGUUUAUUAUGCGGGAGAAAUUGCAAAAAUUCCUUAAAUUAAUCUUUUUUUGCAAAAAACUCGUGCAAAAAAAAUGCAAAAGCGCAAAAAUUAAAUCUAUUAUUGCAAAAAAAUUUUUUUGUAAUUUUGCAGUUUUUCUUAUUUAUGCGUAUAAUAGUGAAAUUUAUGCGUUUAAUUUCAGGAGAAGGAGAAUUGAAAAAAUAAUGGCAAUUUAA